AUGUCAGACCCUCUCCUCACUCGCACAAGCGAAGCCCUUCUGGGCCUCGUAGACCCAUGGCUCUUCCUAAAGCUCUCGGCGACUUUCAUCCCAUCCACUAUAUCCCAUAUCUUCCGCACAGAGUCAUUUCUCUCGGCCCUGCGCAUUGUCCUUUUCUCGCCAUCGCGGUUCCGCGAGGCUUGGUUCGGACAGUUCUGGUCUGUCGCGGGACCCGGUGUGCGUGACGGCGCCAAGGUGCGCGUUCUCCCGCUGCUCGAUGGCCGUACUACCGGGGGCCGUGUGGUGGAUGUCCCGACGGGACCUGGGAUAGGCGGUGUUGUGAUUGAGAUUGGGGCGGGCAGUGGCCUUUGGGUGGAUAUUUUUUCGAAUCGCCAUUUGCGUGGUGCGGGAGAGGGUGCGGCAGGGGAAGGGGAGGAAGGCGGGAAUAGGGCGGCAUCGGCUCGGCAGGAGAUCACGCGUGUCUAUGGCGUCGAACCGAAUCCCGAGCAUCACCAUGCGCUCUGGCAUGCAGUCGAUGACGCGGGGCUGCUGGAUGUAUAUGAGAUUGUGCCGGUGGGUAUAGAGGAUUUGUCUUCAUCUUCUUCAUCUUCGGGGAGGAAGAAGUGGGAUGGUAACAUCGAACCUGGAUCCGUCGAUUGCAUUGUCUCGGUGCUCUGUCUGUGCAGCAUUCCCGAUCCGCAAGAGAAUAUCCACGAACUGUAUAAGCUGUUGCGUCCUGGCGGUCGGUGGUAUGUUUAUGAGCAUGUCAAGGUUCGGUAUAGUUGGUACAUGCGGCUAUAUCAGCGCUUUCUCAAUAUCUUCUGGCCGCGAUUCAUCGGCGGAUGCGAGCUAUGUCGGCCGACGGAGCAAACACUACGGGAGACGGGUCCAUGGGCCAAGAUCGAUGUCGGACAGCCGGUCGAUGAACCGUGGUAUCAUUGUGUGCCGCAUAUUUUAGGAGUAUUCACCAAAUAG